AUGCAGAUAUGCAACGUGUGCAGGGAGCAGACGCCAAAAUACAGAUGUCCAGCCUGUAAAAUACGAUAUUGUUCACUUGGUUGUUACAAGAAGCAUAAAGAUUCCUGCACUCCUGUUAAAAAUCAUUCAACUCGAAAUCACGAGUGCUCAGAUGGCAGCAGCUCAGUGUCCGCUGAGCCAUGGAGUGUGGACGACCUUCUGCAUGAAGACGGCAUCAUCGACAAAGUGCCUCCGCAGAGGCUGCAGCUGUUGGGUGAGUCAAAAGAGCUUCGAGAGCUUCUGUGUAACCCCCACCUGAGACAGCUGCUGGCCUCUGUCGACAGUGCGGAGAACAAGGCCGACGCCAUGAGGGCCGCCAUGCAGGAGCCUCUUUUCGUUGAAUUUUCAGAUCAGUGUUUGAAAAUUGUCCAAAGUGACGCGGAAGCUUCAACAUCCAGGGAUGAUUUGUAA